AUGAAGCCUGGACCGAAACUUCGAGGUAGAUUUCAGGAUUUCCAGAAGACUUAUGGUGGUCGUUCGGAGGAGUAUUAUCGGGAGCCCGAAAACGUCCAUUUCCACCGUAAUAAGCCAAGCAGAGCCCUAAUCCGGGUGGAUAACAACGCGUAUUCGACGUGGAGCCAGGCGGAAAUGCAACCAUGGAAGCCGGAAUUGAGAGCAUCGCAUCCCCCUCCGUUUUCAUCAUUCAGGAGCGCCUUCAACAGCACUAGCUCCUUCCAGUUCCGCCUGAUCGGCUGGGGCGAAAUCAAUAACCUAUUCGCAUCCGAAAUCUCCAAACCACUCCUCCACUCACCACCACUAUCCGAACCAGAAACACCCACCGAAAACAAAACCGCCUCUUUCAUCUGGGAAGACAUCAACCCCCCAGCCGAGUACUACCUCGCCGACAAAUCAACAUCAACACCACCCUCACCACCCCCAACCUACACUUACUCCCAACAAGACCAACAACAACAAUCGCCACCACAAGUCAAAGAAAGCGAUCCAACCAUGAUCGACACAACCACCAGAUCCAUCCCUGUCUCCUCCCUCCCAGGCUACAACGACGUCAGCGGCGCCGUCAUCGUCGACUACGACGGCUUCCCGCAUUUUCUUUCCCCCCAGGAAGAAGAGGAACGGAAAAUGAAGCUCCAGCGUGCUGUACAGGAGAAGAUGCUCGGUUUGCCGAGACAGACCAGCUUCGAGUGGGAAAGACCCCUGUCUGCUGGGUCGGCGGCCGGGUGGUUGCCGAGGUACUCGCCUGCGAAGAGGGGAGCGCAGCGGUUGGUCUCUGUGCUGGGUGUUGGUCUGUCUGUUGAUGGAUCGAGAAGCAUACGUGCCGACCUGCUGCUUUGCGCUUUGCGCUCGAUAGGAGAGUUCGUGGAUGAGGAUAUAUCCGAGGCUGUGGAUACUCACUACCUUACCUAUUGCGCUGCAGCAAAGCAUUACGAUUAA